CUCGAGAAGGUAGAGGGGUCUUCCUCUUUAAAUUACGCUAUAAAACAAUAUCAAGAAGCUCAAUUAUAUCGAAAUUGGUUUGACCCAUUAAAAAUAAACUUUUUGCAAAUAAAAGAACCCAAUAAUUAUGCUACUAUUUUAUGUAAAGUAUAUGAUUUAGAAAUACUCCAUGCAUUACUCGAUACAGGUUCAGAUGGGUCACAUAUUUCUGAAAAUAUCACAAACCAUUUUAUAAAAUAUUUUGGGUUAAAAUUAGAUAGAAAAAAGAUUUAUAGACUAACAGGUGCUGUAGGCAAAAAACAAUCUAUUGGAAGCUUUUCUGAUAUACCUGUUACUAUAGGUAUUGAAAAGGAUACCUUAAUAAUUUCAGAUGAGUUUUCAGUUUUACCAACAGAAAAAGAUAAUAAUGCUAGCUGGGAACCUAUAGUAAAGGGUGAGUUUACAGCAUCAGCUAAUGGAAAGACUAUUACUAUUCCACUUUCU